AUGUCGCGCGUGAAGUUCAACGUGAACUCCGAAUACGCCUACAUACAGAAUUUCAAACAACUGCAAAACGAAUUCACCAAGCAUGGAAUCGAGAGACUAGUACCAGUUGAGCAAUUAAUCAAGUGCCGGAUGCAAGAUAACCUGGAAUUUCUUCAAUGGACAAAAAGAUACUGGGACCAGCACUUCCCCGGCCAUGAUUAUGAUGCAGUGGGCCGAAGGAAAGGAUCUGGUGCGCCUGCUCCUGCCGCCACCCCUCGAACCUCCACUGGCGCAGGUGCGCGAAGACCUCAAGCAGGAGCAGCACCUCGCACAGCACCCCGUGGGGCAGCGGCAGGAUCGGUUGGUGGUGCUGGCUCAGCGGGAGCCCUCAAAGCAGAGAAUGACACAUUGAAAGAAGCAAUCGCUGGACUUGAGAAGGAGAGAGACUUCUACUUCAGCAAAUUAAGGGACAUUGAGUUAUUACUGCAGACUGCGGUUGAUCAGGAUCCAGAACUAGAGAAGGAUGACAACGGGCUGGUGAAGAAUAUACAGGCUAUCCUCUAUUCGACAGAAGAAGGGUUCGAGAUACCUACUGAGGCUGAGUUUGCCGAAGGGUUGGCCGAGAAUGGUGACGAGCAGGAGACCUUUUGA